CAGACCAGAACAAGGCACGAACCCCCAAUCUUCAUUCCUCGUGGAGGCGUACGUACCGUAUACGAAGACAUCAUUAGAGUUGGAUAAGCUUUGGCGAAUCUGCGGGGACGAAACCUGGUCGAGGGCCCUAUGCACGCCACAGUCUCCCAAGGUUUUCGACGCAUCCUGUCAUGCAGUGUCGAUCUCGACACUCCCAGCAUGACGUUCAGCUUUGAUUACCAUCGCCUCGACCAUCUUUCAUGUCGCGUGGACAAGUCAACGCUGAUAUGUACUAUGGCAUCACCCAGAGAGUCAACCAAUUCGUGACACCUCGACAGUGCUGUCCAAACUACCUAGGUAGUCUCUCAGAAUGAAUGAUCCUGGACUGGAUGAACCGAUCGACGACGCAUCUAAGCAGGUCCAAGAGAAUGUCGACCAUCGCCACAAGCCAGGCCCACAGGAUGAUGUGGACGAGGACCAAGACCUUCGCAGCUUUCUCAUGCCAACUCGCUGGUGGUAUGCCUCGACUGCAUUUCCUUUGAUUGCUGGCACCUUUGGUCCAAUGGCCAAUGCCUUUUCAAUCUGUGCCUUGGUGGAAAACUGGAGAGUUCAAAUUCCACCAGGUGGUACUGAAGAGCAUGGAAUUGAUAUCCCCGAUCCACAUUGGCUGAUCGCCGUCAACGCCUUGUCGCUCGUAUCCGCACUCGCCGCAAACUUGUCACUGCUCCUCAACAUGGCAAGACGCGUCCCCUUCCGCAUUGCACAACCCAUCACCAUCACUGGCUUUUGGGUCGCAUCCGUUCUACUCAUCGCUCUCAUUUCCGUUGCAUCCCAUGCCUUUGCCGCUCCCGGCGUUCAAGACCAAGCCUUGACUCAGGCUUACUACUAUGCAAUCUUUGCCGCAGGUUUGUACCAGAUCAUCUCUUACCUCAUGUGCCUAACCGUCUACGGGGCAUACAGAGGUCACUACAGCCGUGAUUUCAAACUCACCAUGGCCCAACGCACCUUGAUGUUGCAGACCAUUUCUUUCCUCGUCUAUCAGCUUCUCGGAGCCUUGGUCUUUUCAAAGAUCGAGGGUUGGAAGUUCCUCGACGCGGUGUACUGGGCUGACUUCACAUCACUGACCAUUGGCAUUGGCGCUGACUUUGUCCCCACCACUCACCUCGGUCGCAGUCUUCUCUUUCCAUUUGCCUUCGGAGGCAUCACUAUCCUCGGUCUCGUCGUUGGCUCAAUUCGCUCCAUGAUUCUUGAUCGAGGAAAGAGAAAGAUGGCCGCCAGACUCACGGAGAAGACUCGGGUCAACCUGGUCCAAAAAGUGGAAAAGGCGACCACCGCCAAUGGUUCGACCAUGCGAAACGGCCCAAUGGGGCUUGAAAAAGAGACAGCAGCCGCCCUCACUCUACAGCCCGGUGACCAGGCCCUAUCCGAGAAGGCAAGACGGGAGGCAGAGUUUGAGGCGAUGAGGAGAGUGCAGCAAAGAGCAAUCACGCUCAAGAAAUACUACAGCCUGAUGCUGUCGACCUUUGCUUUUGCCUUUCUGUGGACCAUUGGUGCACUCGUCUUUUACCACACCGAAAAGAACCAGCAAUGGAGCUAUUUUGAGUCACUUUAUUUUGCCUACACCUCGCUCCUGACCAUCGGAUAUGGCGAUUUUCAGCCAAUCAGUAAUAGUGGCAAGCCAUUUUUCGUCUUUUGGUCCUUGCUGGCCGUACCGACACUGACUAUUUUGAUAUCCGACAUGGGCGAUACGGUGGUCAAGACUAUCAAGGAAGCGACAAUCUGGCUCGGAGAAAUCACAGUGCUCCCCAGUGACGAGGACUCGACCAGAGAACGACUCAAAGCGGGACUAUACAACGUGACCCUUGGCAAGAUAGACUCUCUCCAAGCCAAGUCUCGAGAUCUCGAGGCCUCUUCCAAGGUCAAGGCAGGACGAGAUGCAGGGACUCAGGCGCGAGGCCAAGCGCUUCCACCUCGACAGCGACGCCGUCGCCAGGCUGACGAAGAUCGAUUGGCUGCUGACUUUGAAGAGCACGAGAAAAUAGGGGAGGCCAUAGCUCGCAGUCACGGCGAGGUGACAGAAGAAGUCAAGCAUCAUUAUCGGCGCACCUUGAUCGCACAGAUCCGCAAGGUGUACAACGAUUCCGCCGCCGCCACGCCGAAGAAGUACAGUUACGCGGAAUGGGCAUACUUUUUAAGGCUGCUCGGAGAAGACGAGAAUGAUGCUUCGUACCACAUUCGUCCUCGAGGGCAUCCAGAAGACCAGGCCACCAAACCCAACGCACCAAGAAAGGAGUCAUCACCGGAGUCGCCUGAGGCCGAUCGUGACGGGCACAGAGAAACUUCCACAAGUGCAGAAGUGGACGGGGCCAGAGAUUCUUCCGGGUCUUCUGUUGCUACCCAGGGAUGGAGUUGGAUUGGAAACCAAAGUCCACUCAUGGGAGACAAAGAAGAAUCCGAGUGGUUGAUUGAAAAGCUCUUCCAGCGACUAGAAGAAAGCCUGCGGGACAUUAAGCAGGAGCCCGAGAGACGAACCAGGAGUGGAAACCAGCAGGGUGAAUUAUGAUGCCUAUAUACAGACUUUGACAGAACCUGAGAUGGGAGUGGGCUCUUGGGACACCUGACCCUGACCGUGUAACGAUGCCCGUUAGGUUGGUAAAGGUCGGUACAGGCAGCGCAGUGUUGCAAGAAGUGGAGAGGUGUAGAAGUCUGGACAGCGGAUAGCGCAAACAGGGCACCGUCAAUACAAUACCACUGGUAGAUUUCCUAUCCAGGAUACAAG